CAAUUGCUAUAUAGUAUUAUAUCUGUAAACCAAAAAUCUGGAGAAUUAUAUAUCUCUUGGAGAGAUAGUUGAUAAUAAUAUCAUUCACAAAAGAAUCAACCUACAUUUAAUUCUUAAUAUAUAUACUUUAUUCUAAUAAUGUCUGCUUUUAGAUUAAAAUUUGGUUAUUCCACACUUUGUUCAAGGAGGUUAUUUCUGCAGUCCUUAAAUAAUACCAAAUAUCUUUCUGCCUGCAAUAAAGUGCCUCACCAGAACGGCUUGCUUCUGCCAAAUACAUCGGCUACAAACAGAUAUUAUAGUGUAGCAACUGAAGAAGCUCAAAAGGAUGCUGUUAAAGGUUCUCCAAGCCGUAGCUCAAAAGAAACAUUAAAGGGACAAUCAGAGAGGAAAGAAUUUCAAGCAGAGACUCGCAUGUUACUGGAUAUUGUAGCAAGAUCUCUAUAUUCUGACAAAGAAGUAUUUAUUCGGGAAUUAAUUUCAAAUGCCAGCGAUGCAUUGGAGAAGUUCCGCUACCUCACUGUCAGUUCUGCUCCAGACACAGUGAAGCUGGUUGAUGCAGACAGGCCACUUGAAAUAAGACUUUCAACAGAUAAGCAAAACAGGACAAUCACCUUCCAGGACUCUGGUAUUGGCAUGACAAAACAAGAGUUAACUGACAACCUGGGAACAAUAGCCCGUUCAGGAUCCAAGUCUUUCAUUGAGGAGAUCAAAAAGCAAGGAACUGACCAAGCCAACUCAAUCAUAGGACAAUUUGGUGUAGGCUUCUACUCUGCCUUCAUGGUGGCUGAUAAAAUUGAAGUGUUUACCAGAAGUAGCGUAGAAGGAUCACCAGGUUAUAAGUGGACAUCUGAUGGGUCAGGAACAUAUGAAAUUCAAGAAGCUGAUGGAGUUCCUAUUGGAUGUAAAUUAAUUGUUCACUUAAAAACGGACUGCAGAGAAUACGCUGACGAAGAAACUGUCAAAAAUAUUAUCAAAAAGUACAGCAACUUUGUCAGCAGUCCUAUUUUCUUGAACGAUGAGCAAGUCAACCAGAUCAAGCCUCUAUGGUUGAUGGAACCAAAAGAAGUUACUCAUGAACAACACACAGAGUUCUACAAAUUCAUCAGCCAGUCUUAUGAUAAGCCCAGGUACACAUUGCAUUACAAAACCGAUGUUCCACUCAGCAUAAGGGCAAUACUGUAUGUACCUGAAGGCAAGCCUGGACUCUUUGAACUGUCUCGCGAUUCUGAUGUGGGCGUGGCAUUGUAUUCUAGGAAGAUCCUUAUCAAAAGCAAGGCUGAAAACAUAUUGCCAAAAUGGUUAAGAUUUGUUAAAGGUGUUGUUGAUUCGGAAGACAUUCCAUUAAAUCUAAGCAGAGAGCUGUUGCAAAAUAGUGCUCUUAUUGUAAAACUAAAGACAGUGCUCACAAAUCGUUUCCUCAAAUUCAUGAUUGAUAUGUCAAAUAAAAAUAUUGUUGAGUAUGAAGCAUUCUACAAGGAGUAUUCAAUAUUUUUGAAAGAAGGAAUUGUUACUAGUCAAAGUGCCAUAGAAAAGGAGGAAAUAUCUAAGUUACUCCGUUUUGAAUCUUCGAAACUUCCGAGCGGACAGAGGACAUCUCUAAGUGAAUACGCCGCUCGUCAAAAAGAAGAUCAAAGAUCGAUUUACUACUUAGCUGCUCCCAGUCGUGAAUUGGCUGAAACUUCACCAUACUACGAGUCUCUCAAGAAGCGCGAUGUUGAAGUCUUAUUCUGCUACGAAAUGUACGACGAACUGGUGUUACUGGAACUGAAAGAGUUUAACAGUAGGAAGCUGAUUUCCAUAGAGAAUGAUAUGCAAAGCAAGACCAAGGAGGAGCCUGAUGACAUUAUUGGUAGCGACUCACUGCAACAACCCCAAGUGGAAGAAGUCGUAUCUUAUUUGAAGUCACACCUCGCCGGUAAAGUGUUUGAUGUAAAAACAACAGGCAAGUUGGAAACCCAUCCUUGUGUCAUCACUGUACAAGAAAUGGCCGCAGCUAGGCACUUUAUACGCACACAAGCGCAAAGUCUCAGCGAAGAAAACAGAUUUGCGCUACUGAGGCCGCAUCUUGAAAUUAACGUCAAGCACCCAAUUAUCAAGAAGCUUCACAAAUUGCUGUCAAGUGACCCAGAGUUGGCAAAAAUGGUGUCAGAGCAACUGUUUUCCAAUGCCAUGGUGACAGCAGGACUUAUACUGGACCCGAGAAACCUGAUUACACACAUUAAUGAUCUUUUAGUUAAAGCUUUAGAUAAACAUUAAUACAUUUGGUUUUAAUAUUUUUAACAUGUUACAAUAAUUAUAUUAUUAUACAUUUAUGGGUUA